UCUGUCGUUUUCUCCUUUCCUUUUACAUUUAAGAUCUCAAAUCCCUACGACAACAAAGAUCAAAAAUCUUAGGGUUUCUACUAAUUUAUGAGUAACAAGUGUUACCUCUGUGUGAUGAUAAGACAAUCAUCGUCAUGGGAGGAGUAACUUCGUCAAUCGCCGCAAAAUUCGCUUUUUUCCCGCCAUCACCACCGUCGUACGGGUUCGUACCCGACGUUGACCGGUUGUACAUAACCGAAGUGCCUCGCCGUGAUGAUGUCGAUGUGUUGAAGCUAAAGACCCGUCGUGGUAACGAGAUUGUGGCUAUUUAUGUUAAGCAUCCUAAAGCUAAUGGUACGCUUUUGUAUUCUCAUGGUAACGCUGCUGAUUUGGGUCAGAUGUUUGAGCUUUUCGUCGAGCUUAGUAAUCGUCUUCGAGUUAAUCUCAUGGGGUAUGAUUAUUCUGGUUAUGGUCAGUCUACUGGAAAGGCAAGUGAAUGUAACACAUAUGCUGAUAUAGAUGCAUCAUAUACCUGCCUCAAGGAACAGUAUGGUGUAAAAGAUGAUCAACUGAUAUUAUAUGGUCAGUCUGUUGGUAGUGGACCAACGAUUGAUCUAGCUUCGCGUACGCCUAAUUUGAGAGGUGUGGUUUUGCACAGCCCUAUUCUGUCUGGGAUGAGAGUUUUGUAUCCGGUUAAACGUACAUAUUGGUUUGACAUUUACAAGAAUAUUGACAAGAUCAGUGCAGUUACCUGUCCUGUCUUAGUAAUCCAUGGAACUGCCGAUGAAGUAGUUGAUUGUUCUCAUGGGAAACAACUUUGGCAACUUUCAAAAGAGAAGUAUGAACCCUUAUGGGUAUCUGGAGGUGGACACUGCAAUCUAGAACUCUAUCCAGAGUUCAUAAGACAUCUGAAGAAAUUCGUAAUAUCGAUUUCCAAACCCAAAGGACCAAGAAAUGGUUCGACCAAGACUACAACGACAGAUACAACCAAAAACCAGAGCAAGCCUUCUGAGAACGGUCGUUCUGAUACAUUUCAACUCGGCUGCUGCCUUCCGGAAGUUUCUAGAAACAGUGUAGACAGUCAGCUGGAGAAAUCUAAGAAGACUAGUAAACCUGAAAAAUCCCGAAUGAGUGUUGAUAGGUUUAGAAGGAAAAAAGGUCUAGUCUGGUGACAUGAACCCGGUCAAACCAUCGCCAACACAGGUUUGUGUAUGUAUGUUCUGAUAGAAACAGAUCAAACUCAAACGUCUUGAUUUCAUAUAUAAUUGUAACUUUGCCAUGGUAUAAAAGCUGUAAUGACUGACUA